AUUAAUAAACCUAUACUUAUGUUUCAUUUAUAUAUUUAUAUAAUGAUAGUGUUAUAGUUAUUAUAAACUUUAAUAAUAAAGAAUAUAGAAAAAUGAAAUUUAAUUUAUCAAGAUUAUUAUAUGAAAAAGAACUUGGCACCAGGUCAUAUCAAAAGAUUAAUGAUAUACCAAAUGAUUUUUUAAAUCAACAAAAUAAAAAGAUCACAAAGUUAUGGAAGUUAUUAGAAUCACUUUACAGUUUUUUAAAUUAUGAAGCUUUAAAUAUAAACCAAAUUAGACAAAUACUAGAAGAUAUUGCAUUUUGUUUAAAUAGUAAUGAUAAAUUUAAAAAUUAUUUUAUGUCAUUACAUGGACAUUAUUAUAUUAGAUUAAUAUUAAUAGUAAAUAUAGAGUCUAAAGAAGUUCAAUUGUUAACGUUAAAAAUAAUUAAAUUAAUGUCUCCACUUCAAGAGUUCACACAAUGGGUUAUGGGAUCAGACGAUAUGGUUUCAUUAAUAUUUAGAUUAUUACACAAUAGAUCAUUGGUUGAAGAUGUACUCAAGACUCUAAACAGUUUGUUUUUGGAAUCAAGUGAACCUUUCGACCUAAAGAAAAUUCAAGAUUUUUAUAAGAUUUCAAAUCUAAUAAUAAACAAUUCCAAAUUAUAUUUAUUCAUCAGAAUGCUUUUCACUUCAUGCACUGAUUUCAACUAUCAUACUUCUGAGGAUGAUGACGAUGAUUCCUCUCUUGAAAAAAUUAUUGAACAAAAAAUCAAUAAUUUACAAACCAUUUAUAGUAUAAACCAAUCAAUAGUAUUGGGAAUACCUAAUUUUUUAAAAAAAAUAACAUUGUUAUUAAAGAAAUCAACGCACAGUGAUUGGAUAUCACCAUUAAUUAGAGACGAUGAAAAUUAUGGUAUUGGCAGCAACAUAAAUAGCGAUGGCGAUUUAGAAGAUUUAGAAACGGCAAAUUACAACUAUAGAAUGAUAUAUAUAGAGAAUAUUUCAGAUGUAUUAUAUAGUUUAAAUAUUGAAACCGAAAAUGUGGAUGACAAUGACCUUUUAAAAGUUUUAAAAGAUUAUACAACCGCAGAGUGCCAAACUGAAAUAUUAUUCAUCUUAUAUAUUUUACUAUCUGGUACAAGGAAGUCUCAAGCCAUAAUACUUUUGAAUCAAUUUAAUUUCCUCGAUACUUUGAUUUUAUUGUUUAAAUCAAUCGAUUGGAAAAAACAGGAGUAUAAGGAAGAUUCAAGUCCCUUUUUUGCAAAGAAAAUGUAUAUUAUAGAUUUAUUAAUAGUUUGGUGUGACAUAGAUGUGGUUUUAUCAAUGGGUAAUCUUUUAUCAUUAAAAUAUGAAAAAGAAAUCCAAAAUAAUAAAAAACAACAACUAUUAAAUUCAGCAGCGCAGGAUAAAGAAAAUAAAGAAAAUAUAGAAAAUAUAGAAAAUAUUGUAGAUUUAAUUUUUAAAGCAUAUAAAGAUAGUUUUACUUUAGAGAAAGAGCACCUAUCAAUAUCCUAUUUAAUGGAGUCAAUGGUUAGAACUUGGCCAAAUCAAUCACUUCAAAAUUACUUUUUAGAAAAUAAACUUUUGGAAUCAUUGGUUGAAGAAAUUUUAACGAAUGAUAUUAGAUUCAUGGAAAACGCAUUCGAUCUUUUUGGGGAAUUAAUUAAAAAUAAUAGAAAUAGCUUCAGUAUAUUAAAUCAUUAUUUAAAUGCAAUGGAAUUAUCAAAAGAUAAUAAUAAUGAGAACCAAAAACAAAAUAUUACAGAAAAGUUCUUUAGUUUAUUUUUAGAUAAUUUAAAUAGUUCAAAUGUUUGUUUAAGAUAUAUUUCAAUUUCUCUUUAUAGUUUUAAGAAUGAAAAUAGUUUAAAUUCAAAUAAUGAAAAUUAUUUACCCUAUCCAUUGGAGGAAUGUAAAGUCUAUAAAUUUUUUAACAAUAAUAAAGUUAAAAUUUUUCUUCAUUUAUUGGAUAUGUUAACACCCGAGACUAUAAGCGCCGAAAAUAUAUGUUGCCUAAACACCGCUUUGACUUUUUUACUAUUGGCUAAAAAAGAGAAUCAGUGUGAUGUUUUUUAUGAUGCUUUAAGAGAUACCGGCAUAGAACCAUUUCCCCGACUUGAUAAAAUAAAAUCUUUGUUUUUAAUUUGGAGGCCAUUCUAUAUUUACAGUCCAGAAGAUAGAAUAAAAUUAGAAUUUUCUUCAACAUUUUCAUUUAAUCAUUUUUGUGAAUGUGUUAAAGAAAUUUCAAAUUUGUAA